UAUAAAUAGGUAACUAAGAUGCAUUCUUUCAUAAUAUCGAAACAAAAAGAUUCAGUUCGAUAAAUAAUGUUGGACAAGGAAGGUGCAGUUUUGUUAGGGGGGUCUCUCCCAGUCCCUUCUGUUCAAGAACUAGCUAAGAAAGAGCAACUCAAGGCAGUUCCAUCCCGAUAUGUACGUCCCGAUCAAGAUCCCAUCAUUUUCGAUUCUAAAACUGCGCCUCAAAUCCCUGUUAUUGAUUUGGAACGCUUAGUUGCCGGAGAUUUAGAGAACACAAAUAACUUCGAUUCUGCAUGUAGAGAAUGGGGUUUUUUCCAGCUGACUAACCAUGGGGUGAGCACUGAAUUACUUGAUAAAAUGAUCAAAGCCACACAAGAAUUCUUCAAAAUGCCGCUCGAGGAGAAGAAGAAGUUUCCACAAGAAGCAGGGGAUCUGGAGGGAUAUGGACAAGCCUUCGUCGUCUCUGAGGAGCAGAAGCUUGACUGGGCCGACAUAUUUUAUGUGUGCACUCUUCCACUUCGUUACAGAAAGGCUCACUUGUUUAAGAAACUCCCCAUCGAUUACAGACUUGCCCUGGAAGCUUACUCUGCAGAACUGAAAAGCAUUGCCAUGAAACUUCUGAACUCAAUGGCAAAAUGUUUAAAAAUGGAUCCUCAAGAAAUGAUUGAGCAGUUUGAAGACAGUUAUCAGACAGUGAGGACCAAUUACUAUCCUCCAUGUCCCGAACCUGAUAAGGUGAUUGGCCUUGCAGCGCAUUCGGAUGCUGUUGGCCUAACAAUUCUCCUUCAAAUCUCUGAAAUGGCAGGCCUCCAAGUUCGAAAGGAUGGCUCCUGGGUCACAAUUAAACCUCACCCUUAUGCUUUUGUUGUGAACAUCGGAGACAUUUUGGAGAUUAUAACCAACGGAUCAUACCGUAGCAUUGAGCAUCGGGCAAUCUGUAACUUAGUGCAAGAGAGGAUCUCCAUUGCAACCUUUUUAAGCCCCUUGAUGCAUCGCGAAUUUGGCCCUGCGCCUAGCCUUCUAGUAAAUGGAGCUCGGCCGCAAUUUCUGCGAACCACGACUGAGAAUUACUACAAGGGAGUGUAUGCUCGGAAGCUUGGGGGGAAGAGUUAUCUGGACACUGUCAGACUUUGAAUCAUAAUAUUGCCGAAAUAUUCUGUUACUACUGCAAGCUAAGGCUUUUGAGAAGCCGUUACAUAUUGUUCUAAAAAUAAAUGUGCUGAUCGAUGUUUGUAUAAUGUAUCUACGGGGAAAAUAACAUUCCAAGACAUGCUAUGUUAACUGAUUGAGACUGCUUAUUCUAGAGACAUUUGAUUAGGAACUCAAUCAUUAAAAUAAAUGGUCUCUUUUCUUUUUCUUUUUA